UUACAUCCAUUUCCUGGUUUUCCUCCUUUUGGGUAGAGCCUUUCGUUGGUGUUGGCUGUUUUGAAAUGAAGCGCCUAUUUUUUGUAAUAAUCCCUAUAAUGGGAUGUAUCAGACUCGAAACUGGAGCCUUAAAAUGUGAAAAGAAAAAUGCAACCUGCUCUGACAUACGUGCACCCGAGGGAUUUAGAUUUAACCAUGACUGUCCUGGGGAAAGUGUAGUUUUAGUUGAAGGAUUAAAUAAGACUCAACUGGCUUUGGCUGAUCUUAGCAAACAAACCUUUGAUUAUGGGCCAGAUAUAAAGAAAAUGGACAACCAUUCAGUGACCACCGAAAACUGCCAGGAUCUCACCAUUACAUGUGAAAUCUCUACUGGAAGUAAUUCCAUUGAAGAGAAGUGUGAGAAGUUCACAACCAUUAGUGAGAACAUUACCUUAAUUCAACCAAAUACGAGUAUGACUCCUUCUUCAAAUCACUGGAGCCCUGAAGUGAUUGCCUAUUUGGUAAUCUCUACUGUAGUAGUACUUAUUAUUGGAUACCUUGUUACAUCUUACUGCUGCUGGAAAAAAGAAAAAGGGAGUCAACAAAAUAAAGAAUAUCUUAUGUAUACUGUGAGGUUUUCCUGUUUCAAAAGAUUGGUUCCUCCCAGCUUCUGUAGAAACCAAAGGGGAAGUGGAUUCCAAACGGUUGAAACAAGCGAUUUAGAGAGACAGGACAACGGUGUCAUCAGGAACGGAAGAGAUCCACAUGGAAGUGGUGAAAGUGACCAAUACACACUUCAAAGUGUUAACAGUGGAGACACGGCUGCUCCUAAAACCAACGCUCCAUUUGAUCACAAACCAGUGAACGGCUUCAGCAACAUGAGGGAUGAUCCAGGAGGAAAUAAUGGAACUAAGGGAAGAGAAAUGAAAAAGACGGAGCAGCUGGAGAAUGGAGGGACUGCUGCACAUCUUCAGGCUGAGGAAAAAUCACUGCUCCCAGAUCAGCGAGCUGCUGAUGGAGGUUUGGAGAUGGAAGGUGAAGCUGUUGCUUUGGUGAACAAGCUUAGCUCUAACCAGGACAGAGUCAACAGGGGCUCUGAUGCACUAUUUAUUGACGUGGAGUCAACAUCCCCUGCAAACGAAAUAUAAUGGAUAAACAUGAUAUUAUAAUAAGAUAUUAUAAAACAUAGUAUAUAUAUAAUAAUAGUAAUAAUAAUAAUAAUAAUAAUAAUAAUAUUUAAUAAUAAUAAUAAUAAUAAUAAUAUGAACUGUAAUGUAUAUGAUAUAAGCAUAUCGUUAUUUAUAUAUGUACAGUUUUAAUACAUUUCUUUCAUUAUGUCAUAUUGUUCAAACAUCACUCAUUCUCCUGGCAGAUUUAGAUAAUCUUUUUAAUUUGAACUGUUUCUUUCACUGGAAGUAGUUUUUAAAGCAGCCAUCCAGAUUCCCAAACUGAUUCCCAACAGAUUUUUUUAUGGAGGCAGGUUAAGAUUAGCCGGCAAAGAAGACUCAGAAUAUGAAGAAACAUUUUUAAAAAUACAAGUUGAAACAUGCAACAAAAGGGUUAGCAAUUACAAGAAUGCAUUUUCUAUUAUUUCCGUGAAGGAGAUCAAUAGAUUUUACAAGCCUUAUUUUACCAAAACACAAAUAAAAACAAGUUUAGACUGAUUAUCUGUUUAAAUAGUUGUAUUAUAUUUUUUACAUAUGCCUUUGCCAGUGAAUAAAAAAAUUAAACGAUUUUAAAUCUAAAUCUGCCUGAGGUAUGAGCUAUUUAAAAUGAGACUACACAAAGUUAAACUUGCAUUCUUUAUUACAGCAAUAAGCCUGUGUAGUCUCAUUAUUGUAAAUAUUUGCAGUGCUUGUUGUUUUUUUACUCAAAAUCUAUUGUUACAUCUAUCCCAGCUGAUUCAUACAGAAAAUGUAUACUUUGCUUCUAUUCUUAAUAACAGUUUUUUGGUUAGCACAUAUAUUUUCUAACAAUGAAAUUUUGUAACUGCAUGUUUACUUUACCGUUUUCCUUCAUGUAUCUAAAUCAAUUUUGUUGUAUCCCUAAUUGUCUUUAUUACUGUAAUCCCCUUCUGGCCUUUUAAUUUAGCUUAAUCACAAUUACUUUUUAUUGUUUUGUGUAAAAUUGUGCUUUUUAAAGUUUUACCACAAGGUGGCAAUAAAGAGUCAUCAGAUGUAAA